AAACAACAACAAUGACAGAAAUUAGACAAGGCUACAGUGAUUUUUAUCACACCGACAACCAACCAUUUACCUUUCACAACUUGAUGCCUACAGACAAAGUACAACGUCGCCUUUCGUUUUCAACUUUACUGCAAAAGAGACCUAGUCUCAUGGGUCGCAAACUCUCCAUCUUUUCUCGUCAAAAGAAGCCUCAGCUUAAAGUAAUGAUUCCCAUGGUAGUGGCAGAAGACACACAACUGGAAAGAAUGGAUACAUCCGCAAGCACAAGCACAGACGGUGAUGGUCCGUUAACUCCCACCUCUCCCACCGCUUCUCUUUACUAUCAACAACAACAACAACAACAGGAAGUCUCUCCCGAUGAUCUCCAAACUGCCCUAACAACCACAACAAAUACUGUCCCUCUCAAGGAUUACUCUGGUAAAGGCUAUUCCAAUUUCUACAUCAAAUUACCCAAUGGCAAUUGGAUGGUGCGAGUUAGAGACGGCAACAGAAAGAUUGUCGCUACUUAUGAAAUUGAUGGUUCCAUGAUCUAAAUUUUUAUCUAUUCUACAUAUAUUUAUACCCCCACCCCCCUCACUCUAUUUUACUGUACAUAUCUCAUCUAUACCUUUAUCUAUCACCCCCUUUCUUUUUAUACACACACACAUUCAUUUUUUAUAUGUUAAUAAACUCAUCAGUUACACACUGCUAA